UCUUCAUACAAAAAGAGCUUAGGACUGACUCAAGACGAACUUCGGAAGACGGGACACUGGGACUGCUUAUUUUCACCGGGUCGGCCUUUUGGCCACUUUAAUCACAUCAAGAAGCGAUAAAUCAACGUAAAAGGUCCAGAUCGCUGUAAAGCCAACGGUCUGCAACCAUACCCCUGGAGGAAAGCCGGGUAAAGCAGCCUUGUCAUACAUCACCAGGCAACUGGAUGUUCGGCAGAACGAAUGUAUGAGAACAUGUCCACGAUGGUGUGCGUGAAGGAGGACCCGGGCGAGAAGCUGUCCCAGGAUGAGAUCAUCUCCAAGACCAAGCAGGUGAUCCAAGGCCUGGAGGCCCUGAAGCACGAGCACCACUCCAUCCUGGACGGCCUGCUGCAGACGCUCAACUGCCUCAAGCAGGAGGAGGAGACCAGCCUGGUGGAGGAGAAGUCCCUCAUGAUCCGCAAGUCCCUGGAGAUGCUGGAGCUGGGGCUGAGCGAGGCACAGGUGAUGAUGGCGCUGUCGGGGCACCUGAGCUCGGUGGAGUCGGAGAAGCAGAAGCUGCGGGCGCAGGUGCGCCGGCUGUGCCAGGAGAACCAGUGGCUGCGGGACGAGCUGGCCAACACGCAGCAGAAGCUGCAGAAGAGCGAGCAGAGCGUGGCCCAGCUGGAGGAGGAGAAGAAGCACCUGGAGUUCAUGAACCAGCUCAAGAAGUACGACGAGGACCUCUCCCCUUCGGAAGAGAAAGACUCGGACUCCAGCAAGGAGACGCUGGACGACCUCUUCCCCAACGACGAGGACGACCAGGGCCCGGGCAUCCAGCAGCACAACAGCAGCGCAGCGGCGGCAGCGCAGCAGGGAGGCUACGAGAUCCCGGCCCGCCUGCGCACCCUGCACAACCUGGUGAUCCAGUACGCCUCUCAGGGCCGCUACGAGGUGGCCGUGCCCCUCUGCAAGCAGGCCCUGGAGGACCUGGAGAAGACCUCCGGCCACGACCACCCGGACGUGGCCACCAUGCUCAACAUCCUGGCCCUGGUCUACAGGGACCAGAACAAGUACAAGGAGGCGGCCAACCUGCUGAACGACGCUCUGGCCAUCCGGGAGAAGACCCUGGGCAGGGACCACCCGGCGGUCGCAGCCACGCUCAACAACUUGGCUGUUCUCUAUGGGAAGAGGGGCAAGUACAAGGAGGCGGAGCCGCUGUGCAAGAGGGCGCUGGAGAUCCGGGAGAAGGUGCUGGGCAAGGACCACCCGGACGUGGCCAAGCAGCUGAACAACCUGGCGCUGCUGUGCCAGAACCAGGGCAAGUACGACGAGGUGGAGUACUACUACCAGCGCGCGCUGGAGAUCUACCAGACCAAGCUGGGCCCCGACGACCCCAACGUGGCCAAGACCAAGAACAAUCUGGCGUCCUGCUACCUCAAGCAGGGGAAGUUCAAGCAGGCAGAAACGCUGUACAAAGAGAUCCUCACCCGCGCGCACGAGAGGGAGUUCGGCUCUGUGGAUGAUGAGAACAAGCCCAUCUGGAUGCACGCGGAGGAGAGAGAAGAACAGAGCAAGGGAAAGCAGAAAGACGGCUCACCCUUCGGAGAGUACGGCGGCUGGUACAAGGCAUGCAAAGUAGACAGUCCCACAGUGACAACCACUCUUAAAAACUUGGGCGCCCUCUACAGACGACAGGGCAAGUUUGAGGCAGCAGAGACCCUCGAGGAGGCGGCCAUGCGCUCCCGGAAGCAGGGUCUGGACACGGUGCAUAAGCAGCGCGUGGCGGAGGUGCUGAACGACCCCGAGGCGCGGGAGAAACAGCGCAGCCGUGAGAGCCUGACCUCGGACGUGGUGAAGUAUGAGAGCGGCCCGGACGGGGGCGAGGAAGUGAGUAUGAGCGUGGAGUGGAACGGGGCCUAGAUCAAGAUGCCUUUUGUGAUUCUAAAACAUGUCUUCUGCAUGACGGAUGUGCGCCAUCUUCCAGCUUUACAGCUCUCUCUGUCCAGCUCUGGCCUCUUAUCUCUCGGGCCUCCCCCCCCUCCCUCGUCUCCCCCGGGCCGUCCCUCCUCCCCCCCACAGUGCUCUCAGAACCGCCAGCCUCUCCGAGGAGAGAAACAGCAGCUCUCGUAUUGUUCAGAACCCCCCCCAGCCAUCCCAAGACACCCCUGCCAUGCAUUACAGUGUACCAUUACUGAAGGAGCCUCUCUUCAUUCUGGUGUGGCAUCGAGCUAACAGCUAUUACUCUUAUUAACAUGGUUAUUUAAGUGGCAUGAUCGUAAGCUUAUGCAGAGAACCGUUGUUUGACUAGCAUAUGUACUCUGUGUUAAGUGUUUGACUCUGUACCCUUUUUAUAAAUUGAUGUCAGACUAACAUUACUGUGAUGUUACUGUCACAAGAGCGUGGUGAAAUGCAGUACCGCUCCCAGAUACAGGGGAAGAGAUGGGCGAGGGGAGGGGACACGUCAUGCCCUGGAUUGCAGGAAACAAGACAAACUCUUCUCUUGUUUGCUCCUACUAAUCUCUUCCGUGUCCUGUGGUGUUGGUGUAUCUAUGUCUUUCUUAACUUCUAAUAAAACUCACUCUUUACUCACCUGUGUCUGUGCCUGUUGCCUCUUUGUGCUCUCUUUCCCUGGCGUGUGUGUGUGUGUGCGCACGUGUGUGUGUGUAAAUCUUUGUGGUGAAGAUUUACUCUGGUGCUGUGGCAGUACCACACGUCCUCCUUUUCCCUCUGCCCCGUUGGACUCCUGGGAGACAGGCUGGUUUAGACACAGCACAGUGGACCUGAGAGAGGGAGUGAGUGUGAGAGAGUGUUACUGAGAAGGUGUGUUACUCGCUCACUGAGACAGACAGACAUAGAGUGUGUGUGAGUGUGUGAGUGAGAGAGAGAGAGAAUGGGAAUAAUGGUUUAGUAUGAGCAAUAUUCUCAAAAGAGAUGGGGCAACACAUACUUUUCUACCAGUGAAGAAAGUUGAAAAUAAAACACGACACAACUUCUAUGCAUCUGUUGUUGAGAGCCUACAUCUCAAGUGUUUUCUUCUCAAAUGAUGAUUUAAGUGGCUAAUUUUUUGGGAGAAAACAUGAACAUUUUCAUGAACAUAUCCUUAGUCUCUAAUAUUUUUGUUAAGCUACUCUUUAAUAUGAUAGUCAGCAGUGCCUAUUGCAGUAACAGUGAAGGUCAAGCUGAUCAGGGUGUUAUCAGAUGAACGCAAUGGAUCCUGCACAAGACUCCACCAUGAUCCCAGAACUCCAAACCAGCUCUUUUUGUGUGCUAAUAAUAUUGUUUUGCAUUCAGACAAAAUUUAAGAAGGUAUUUGGGGGCUUGUUUAUUUUUGAUUGAUUAGACAUUGCUCAGUGAAUCUGUACACCAUGUGCAGAGGUCACAGAUGAUUGGUGAAUUAUUGCCCUGGUGGGUUUGUUCACAGUGAUCACAGGAGCCCAAACCACCCAGGAGGUUGGCUUGACAUAAAUGGUGCUCUCUGUCCCUGAGGUUAUUUGGGCUUCAUAAUUAUAGGCCAGUGUGGCCGAAUUUAAGCAGACUGUUCCCCCAAAUCACUGGAAUUCUUCCAUAUCCCUCCUCCUGCUACAUUUUGACAGCACUGGGAGAAAAUAUUAAAGCAAUAGCACUGACAUAUGGAAACCAAGCUCAGCUGGUAAGCAGUAUUUAACCCCC